AUGACCUUUAAUACUACAAUCAACAACAGCUCCUGUAAGCCUCAGCACAUGAACGUUUUCAUCCCUGCUUUCCUAAGUAUGAUCUUUGUCCUGGGGUUUGUACUGAGUGCCCUGAGCCUGUACACAUUUUGGUUUCACUUCAAGCAAUGGAACACUGGAAUGAUCAUUCAGUUUAAUCUGGCUUUAUCAGACAUCAUCAUUGCCCCUGCAGCACCACUGCUAGUUAUCAGCUUUUCACUGUCAAACCAGUGGCCAUUUGGGCAAUUCCUGUGUCAGUUAGAGGCGUGCUUAUUAUCUGUACACAUGUACGGCAGUACCUACUUCCUCACUCUGGUGAGUGUGCAUCGAUAUCACACUGUUGUACACUUGACCAAGAAUAGUGUUUUUAAGAAUCAGAAGUUUGUUAAAUCAGUUUGUUUGGCUAUAUGGAUUUUCCUCCUCGUUAAGGGCUUGCCAUUCUUUUUCAUCCUUAGAACAUCCAAAGUACAUAAUGUUACUCAAUGCUUAAGCAUACAUCAAAACGAAAUGACAUCUCUGUUCUUUGUAUGGAGCAUGGUUAAUUUAUUUCCUGGACUAAUAAUCCCAUUUGGAGUUUCUGUCAUUUGCUACAGUUUGCUUGGAUCUUACAUUGUUAAAAUGGGUGCCAACCUCCCUAAGGGAAAAGCUGUGAAGGUGAAGUCGAUGGGGAUCAUUGCUGUCUCUCUCGUCACUUUUGUCGGCUGCUGUUUCCCAGUACAGUUGUCACGAUCAGCUGCCGUUAUAGUUAAGCAGUUCUAUCCUGAGAAGUGCCAGUGGCUCCUCAAGUUAGAAAAUCUUUAUUAUAUCUUUUUCGUGCUGGCCAAUGUCAACUGUUGCCUGGACCCUCUCCUCUAUUGGCUCUCCAGCAGGAAGUUCCAAGCCGCCUUCAAAGGUACUCUGCAAUCAUUCAGAUGUCAAUGCAAAAAGCAGGGUCCAGUUCUCAGUUCAGAUACUGAGGUGUAGCAGCAAGAGCACUGAUGAAACAAAGGCAAAUGCCAUUAACAUGUGAUGUUUGGAAUGUAAUGAGUUUAUAUUUGAAUACAAUCAUGUAUAUGUUUGUAGUAUAGUUACAGGUCUAACAUUUCAAUUACAACCGUGAAGACUUCAAAAUGAUUGAAUGCUUUUAGACAUUCUGAAGUUGUGAAAGGUGCCAUGUAAAUAUGAGUUUUUCCUUUGUUCUGCAGACUGAACGUACUUUUGUAACUGAAAUCCAACAUGAAGGGAGGUCCCUAAGUAAAAAUAAAACUAAUGAGCUCAGCCAAUUGUCUGAUUUCAGGGCGUCUGGUAUAGAAAGGAAUCUCCCUCAAAGUCUUCUUCAUACAAUUGAGUGAUGGUUUCAGGGACUUUCUCCAUGGGGUGCUGACGUGGAUAGGAACAUUCUGUGGGUCAAAAGCUAUUCUUCUGCUGCAUGUGCUCAUUAUAACACAUGGUCCA